AUGGCUUGCUUGAAACUGGGUUCCAAAUCUGAAGUCUUUCGUCUAACUGGUCACACAUGGCUUUGCUCGACCGGACUUAAACCAGACGUGAUGAUCCAAGUUGGAGAUCAAAGCUUCCAUCUGCACAAGUUUCCAUUGCUGUCAAGAAGUGGAUACCUAGAAACUCUAUUCAGCAAAGCCUCAGAGACAACCUGCGUGGCUCAGCUCCACGACAUCCCCGGUGGAUCCGAAACGUUCUUGCUCGUGGCCAAAUUCUGUUACGGCGUGAGAAUCGAGGUCACACCAGAAAACGUCGUGAGCCUCAGAUGUGCAGCAGAGUAUCUCCAAAUGAGUGAGAACUACGGAGACUCAAACCUCAUCUACCUCACAGAGAAUUUCCUCAACGACCACGUUUUCACAAACUGGGACGAUUCCAUCAAAGCCUUGGAGAGAUCAUGCGAGCAGAAAGUCUUACCUCUCGCUGAAGAUCUUCAAAUCGUCUCUAGGUGCAUCGCUUCCUUAGCCAUCAAGGCUUGUUACGCAGAGGACACAAGUUUAUUCAACUGGCCAAUCUCAGCGCCAGAAGCAACCACCACGACAACAACAUUCUGGAACGGAAUACAGACAAAGGCCACAAGCGAAAACUGGUGGUUCAACGAUGUCUCAAUAUUCCUCGACCUCUCGAUGUACAAAAGGUUCAUUCAAACCGUUGAGUCCAGAGGCGUGAAAGCUGAUACGAUCGCAGCAUCUGUCACGCAUUACGCGAAACGGAAUCUUCCUUUACUCGGCUCUUCAAGGCAAUCUGCUUCUUCUUCUUCAGCAGAGGAAGGUACUAACUACGGCGACGACAUGUACUACUCUCACGAAGAUCAGAGAAGUCUCCUCGAAGAUAUCGUGGAGCUUCUCCCGAGCGAGAAAUGCGUUAUCUCCGCGAAGUUCUUGCUCAGGCUUCUCAGGACAUCAAUGAUUCUUCACGCGAAUGCGGACACUCAGGAGAAUCUUGAGAGAAGAAUCGGUGAGAAGUUAGACGAAGCUGCUCUAGAGGAUCUUCUGAUACCAAACAUGGGAUACUCUGCUGAAACACUCUACGACAUCGACUCUGUCCAGCGGAUUCUUGAUCACUUCAUGCUGACGUUUGAAGCUUCUUACAGCAUCGUUGAGGAGAGGCAACAACUGAUGGGAGAUUCUCAUCCUCUUAGGCCUAUCACAAAGGUUGCUAGUCUCAUAGAUGGCUACUUAGCUGAGGUGGCUUCCGAUGAAAACUUGAAACUAACGAAGUUUCAAGCGAUUGGUUCUCUUAUCCCUGAAGAUGCGAGGCCAAUGGAUGAUGGUAUCUACCGCGCAAUCGAUAUAUACAUCAAGGCACAUCCGUGGCUGACAGAGUCGGCGAGAGAGCAGCUGUGUCUGCUCAUGAACUGUCAGAAACUGUCACUGGAGGCAUGCACACACGCAGCACAAAACGAGCGUCUGCCGUUGCGAGUCAUAGUACAGGUCUUGUUCUUUGAACAGAUGCGGCUUCGGACAUCUGUAGCGGGAUGGUUAUUUGUCUCAGACGAAGACAACAAUGACGACGAUCCAAGUGGCAAGAAUCCGGGACUGGAAGGAAACAAGAACGCAAAUCCAAGUAUGGUGAUGAAUGGGAUGAGGGAGCGUGUUUACGAGCUUGAGAAAGAAUGUAUGAGCAUGAAGCAAGAUCUUGACAAGCUUGUCAAGACUAAAGAAGGACGCAACUUCUUCUCCAAGUUAUUCGGAUUGAGGUCUAAGACCAAGACUUCACCAUGCGGUGGCAAAGGAGGAGACGAAGACGGUCUUAUGAUUCGUGAAACCAAAAACUGA